UGUUGUCCUGUCAAGCACUCAACUCAAGUUUAAUGACCAUUUCCAUAAACAUUUCAGUUAAAAAUAGUUUCGUCAGUUUAGAAACAAAACGCUAGAAGUGUGUUAAUCUUCCCAUUGAAAGUUUGUUUUAUGAUUGCAGUGUACUCCUCAUCAUAUACAAUAUAGGAAAUCAUUUGUAAGUCUAUAUCCUUCCCUUAUGAAGGUACAUAAAUGAAAUCAAAGAAUGCCUACAAUCCAAUGAUAUCUCGCUUCAAGCCAUAUUUACUUCGAUCUGCUGUUUGUGACUAGGUGAAAGAAUCGCUUUGUAAGUAUCCAAAACCCCAUUGUAUAUUUUUUUUUUUAUAAAAAAAAGAGCUAUUCUUUAUAUAAUAACACAUAUUCAAGUUUCUAUUGUUUAAAUCCGAUGACGAGGAUUCUUUGAGCCUGACUGAACAAUGGGAAGCUUUGUUUAAGAAGAAUGGGAAGAGAAACAAAAUGAAAACAAAGGGCGGUUGGGGUCCAUCUGAGUGUUACUUAUACUAAAACAUAUAUAUUAGGGUCUUUUCUGAUAGAAUCCUCCACCCAAGCUUGAUUUGUUUACCAAACCACUUGUAUUAGCUCUUUGAUCCUAAGACGACUUUGACCUUUUUUCGAAUCUGCAAUAUGGAAUCUAUGAACAACACCAACGCAUCAAGCUCUUCUUUAAUGAAUAACACUCCUUCUAAACCUACUCUUACCACUAGUGGAGCUCACUGGUAUCAACCCAAACCUCCUGCAAUGUGUGUUAUUGCUUGAGAUUGCUUUGAAAUUUUUUGGUGAUCCAAUCUGGUUUCAUGAUUUUACAUUUUGCCGGUUGACAAGUCUUAGGCAUCCGACUGCAACUGUGUAUCGACAACCAUUCAACUGUUUUGCUUUUUAUGAUAUUUAUACUGAUACUACUAUUAUUUACUAACGUAUCUUUAUGCUACUAAUUUAUACUUGUUUACAUUUCUAUUACUAAACUGCACAUUGAU